GAAAAAGCCCUCUCACAAGUAUUGACUCGGCUAGAAAACAGUUUAUGUUAGAAAGAAAAAUUUAGACUAGGUUUUGUAAACGUUAUCAAUCUCUCCGUAGAACUUUGGAUCUUCUGAAAUUGAAACAAUCUAGAUAAAGAAUCCAAGGUAAAGUCAAAAAUAGAAACAAGAGGUACUGGUGGAAAAAUCAGAAGAUAUGGACAAUAUCGAAAGACUUCCAGAAGGAUGUAUAUCUGACAUCCUAUCCCUAACAUCACCUGCGGAUGCGUGUAGGUCUAGUCUAGUUUUAACUCUUUUUAAAUCUGAAGCUGAUUCAGAUGCUCUCUGGGAGAAAUUUCUACCGGCUGAUUAUCAAGAGAUCAUCUCCAGAGCAUUUUAUCCUUUUCCGUCAGCUGCAUUAUCUAAGAAAGAGUUAUAUUAUCGACUAUCGGAUGACCCACUUCUCAUUGAUGCUGGUCUUAAGAGUUUUCAGUUGGAAAAAUCUAGUGGGAAGAAAUGUAUCAUGCUUGGUGCAAAGGAGCUUGCAAUUGCUUGGAGACACAAUCCUAACCACUGGCGUUGGGAAGGUCACCCUGGCUCCAGGUUUCCUCAGGUGGCCGAACUUCAAUGGAUAUGCUGGUUUGAAAUCCGUGGGAAGCUUGAUACCACUAUGCUAUCACCAAAGACCUAUUACGCAGCUUACCUAGUGGUAAGGUUAAAUGGUGAUGUUUAUGGAUUUAAUGGCGAGCCUAUAAAGGCCAAAGUCAAAGUCGUUGGACAAGCUGGUGAUAACAGUAGUGUGUGUAGCAAAGAAAGACUUAUCUACUUUGAUGUUGGUGGCGAACAUUCUCCACCAGAUCCAGUGUUGGAGGGUCAAUAUAUUGCACGGGAGAGAGGAGAUGGAUGGAUGGAGGUUGAGUUAGGUCAUUUCUAUAAUGAAGGAGGAGAUAGCGAGGGCUGGGAGGUGCAUAUGUCUGUGCUUGAGAUUGGAAGAACCAAGCGUGGCCUUAUUGUCCAAGAUGAUCUUGGUCUCUCGUGCGGUUAUGCAGUAUCAUCAGGAAAGAGAGACGGAGAGACAGAGCAAGCAAUUUUAACUUUCAUUCAUUUGUGCAGAAAAUUUUAUUUUGAAAUUAGACUAAUCCCAUUUUCACAAGCCCAGGAGCAACCUGUCAAACCGAAUCAGGGUCACGCAAUCCAUCAGUAUGCCUCUUUAAUAUUUAGAUCAAAUUCAGAUGAGUUGGGUAAGUUAGGAGAAAACAAACACACUCUUACACUGAAGGUGGAUUAUAACCAAACUGCCCAGAUAUGUGCAACAGAAGACAAUUCCAGUAGCCACGUCUCAGGUGUCAAAAUGGGGGCCAUAUACGCUGCCGUAUAA